GGCGUGCCCGGACGUCCUUUCAGACAAAGUUGGAACCUGAUGACGCGACCGCAUUGUGUGUUCUGUGAGGGAGAAGUCUCCCUCUUUGUUGUUUUCAAAAUCUUUAAUAUAAAAAAGAUAUAACCAAGAUUCUUACACUAGUGACCAAGCACUCUCGGAGUUACUUAGCCUAGUGUAAAAAGAAGGAAAAUAAAACCAUGACUGACUCGGAUCGAAGAUGUGUUCCUCCCUGUGAGAGGAUCCUCUCCGAUUUCGAUAAGCAUGAAUUUUGCUUUGAAUGCUUGGGGGUUGACCAUGCCGCCCAGGGACUUGAGGGAGAGUGUGAACUCUGUGAUGUUUUUGAAUUCAGAGUUCUGCGUGUUCGGCUCGCCUUUUUUAAACGAGACCGAAGCACCUCUUCCUCACCCUGUGGUUCGCGGUUUGUUUUUACUGAGGCACGGGAGACGGAUACGUCCGCUUCUCUCGUGCAUUCGCCGAACCGCGGCGUCCUCGCGUCCGCUUCUGAAGCGUGCCCCGGCACUUCUUCUGAGCCGGCGGAGGACGAGGUUUCCCUUGUUUCUGCGGGGUUAGAUAGUUCCGCCUCGGGGCGUUCCUCUCGCGAUAUAAAAGCGGUUGAGGAUCUACUCGGGGCGGUAACCAAGGCCGUCGACAGGUUAAAGCUCGACUGGCCGCGGGAACAAGAGGCUCCCAAGAGUUCAAAGCUCAACGACAGAUAUCUGCCGGAUGGCUGGAGGGAUGAGCCCCAAAAUCAGGCUCUCUCAUUCUUUGAGGAUCUCCACGGCGAGCUGUCUCGCUCAUGGCAGAAACCUCAUUCCUCCCGUGUUUUCGUGCCAUCAACGUUGAUUUAUUCGACCAUCGUUGGCGCAGGGACACGGGGAUACACUGCGAUGCCCAGGGUGGAAGAGACGCUGGCUAGCUAUCUCUCCCCUGGGACAUCGUCGUCCCUGGAAAAGCCUUCUCUUCCCACCUAGCCUUGCAGAGUCUCAUCUGCGCUGGUGGGAAAGGCUUUUCAGGCAGCGGGUCAGGCUGGUGCUGCCCUGCACACCAUGGCGGUUUUGCAGGCGUACCAGGCUGACCUACUGGAUGAUGUCAGCACUGGCGGGUUGAUUGACGAAACAGUGUUUUCAGAGGGCAUCAGGGACAGGGAAAGAGCCUUCCUCCUUGAUGCCCCGAUCUCGCCUUCCGGACUGUUUGGUGGUGCGGUUAAUACCGUAGUCACCGGGUUCCGGGAAGCAAGACGUCACGAGGAGGGAUUUGUCAAAUAUCUACCCCGCAGUGCCCAAGUGUCUGGAGUGUCUGCCACCCACUCUGGACCAGUGGGUCCAGUCUACCUGAGGCACAAGGUCCUCCGGCAGAGGCAGGGGAGCGGCCCACCGUGCCCCUCAGGCCACCUCGGGAGGGUCGGACCUGAGGUGCCUCAUCUCUUCUAAGAAGAGAUCCUAAGAUGUGUGCCCGGGACUCUGGGGGUGUUUGCCCCCCCGAGGAGGGGUUCUUAAAAUUCCAAGAGUAAUUGGAGGCUCCCCUUCGGCACCGUCAAAGGGCCGCUUUGCAAUCUCCGCCGCCAUCGGCGUUUCGGGGAUUAGCGGGCUCAAAAAGAAUGCUAGAUGUUUGGUUGUCUCCUGCCAUAUCUCAGGCCGCCAUACAUCUGGCAUCCCCCCCCAAUGAGAAGUGCCAGAAUUGAUACCCCUUUCGGAGAAAAGCUGGCAGCGUGGAAACCACUGCCAGGUAUCUCUCCAUGGGUUGAAAGAACUGUAGACCAGGGCUACAGGCUAAAAUUUGCAUAUCGCCCUCCGCGAACGGCGUGGUCUUCACGUCCAUGCAACCGGAGCGAACAAAUCUGUUGGCACAAGAAUUACAAACUCUGCUGGUUAAAGGGGCCACAGAAUGUGUUCCCCUACUAGACAGAAUUAGGCUACUAAAGCUGGUAUAUUUUAGAUCCCAAAAAGGGAUGGGGGAUUGCGUCCGAAGACGCACAAUGUUCAAAAUGU